GAAAGAAUUAAAAAGCGAGUCUUCAUGGCGGCAUUCACAGGAGCGCUGACGACGACCCUUCCCACCGCGCCAUUAUUACAUUCAGAUUCGAUAUCAUCAUCAUCAUCGCCUUCGUCUGCGUUUUCUAAGGUAUACAAAAGAACAGCUUCUCUUUCUUGCUCUUGUUCCACUUCUAGUACUGCUUCUACUUCUAGUUCCUCUACUGGGCAACCGAAUGGCUGCGAUGAUUGCACAAGGAACACGAAAAGCACUCAGAAAUUUAGCUAUGGCAGAGCCUCACCCUCAGUCAGAUGGCCCCAUUUGAAGCUCACUGACACUUAUCCCUCACCUCACACCCAAUUCACUCCUCCACUCCCGAUCCAUGUUGUGCAAGAUUCCACUGAUUCUGACUCUGAGGGGAAAGAGGAAGAAGACCUGAAUUUGGGUUCUGUGGGUUCUUUGGAUACGAAUGAUGAAACCCAACAAGUGUUGGGGAGGCCCAGCAAGACUAAGGCCAAGAAAAUGACCAAACUGGCUCUCAAAAGAGCCAAAGAUUGGAGAGAAAGAGUGAAACUUUUUACUGAUAGGAUUUUGGGACUGAAACCCGACGAGUUUGUGGCUGAUGUGUUGGAUGAUAGGAAAGUUCAAAUGACCCCAACUGAUUUUUGCUUUGUGGUGAAAUGGGUGGGCCAGUCGAGCUGGCAGCGUGCAUUGGAGGUCUACGAGUGGCUGAAUUUACGCCACUGGUACUCCCCGAAUGCACGGAUGCUUGCCACUAUCUUAGCAGUCCUUGGAAAGGCUAACCAGGAAGCCUUAGCUGUGGAAAUAUUCAUGAGGGCUGAGCCCGGAACUGGCAAUACAGUCCAAGUGUACAAUGCCAUGAUGGGCGUCUAUGCACGAAAUGGCCGGUUUAAUAAGGUCCAAGAAUUGCUCGAUUUAAUGCGUGAGAGAGGGUGCGAACCGGACCUCGUGAGUCUCAAUACUUUGAUAAAUGCUCGCCUGAGGUCAGGAGCCAUGGUACCAAACUUGGCUAUUGACCUUUUAAAUGAGGUGAGAAGAUCAGGUCUUAGGCCAGAUAUAAUAACUUAUAAUACUCUUAUAAGUGGCUGUUCGCGUGAAUCCAAUUUGGAGGAGGCAGUGAAGGUUUACAAUGAUAUGGAAGCACAUAAUUGUCAGCCUGAUCUUUGGACUUACAAUGCCAUGAUUUCCGUAUAUGGGAGAUGUGGAGAAUCAAGCAAAGCUGAGCAGCUCUUUAAGGAAUUGGAGUCGAAAGGGUUUUUCCCAGAUGCAGUGACAUAUAAUUCCUUGUUGUAUGCUUUUGCAAGAGAACUUGAUAUAGAAAAGGUGAGGGAUAUUGGUGAAGAUAUGAUGAAAAUGGGGUUUGGUAAAGAUGAGAUGACCUACAAUACUAUUAUCCACAUGUAUGGCAAGCAGGGCCAGCAUGAUCUAGCGUUUCAGCUUUACAGGGACAUGAAAAUGCUAGGCCGGACUCCUGAUGCUGUUACAUACACUGUAUUGAUUGAUUCGCUUGGAAAAGCAAAUAAGAUAACAGAGGCCGCCAAUGUGAUGUCAGAGAUGUUGGACAGUGGAGUGAAACCCACUCUUCGGACUUAUAGUGCUUUGAUGUGUGCGUAUGCCAAGGCUGGGAAACAGGUGGAGGCUCAAGAGACAUUUGAUUGCAUGGUUAAGUCUGGGAUUAGACCAGAUCAUCUAGCAUACUCAGUUAUGUUGGAUAUCUUUCUGAAGGUCAAUGAGACAAAGAAGGCUAUCACGUUGUAUCAGGAAAUGCUGCAUGACGGUUUCAAGCUAGAUCAUGCCCUCUAUGAGUUUAUGUUGCGGGUGCUUGGAAGAGAAAAUAAAUUGGAAGUCAUUGAAAGAGUGAUCAGAGAUAUGGAAAAAGUUGGUGGUAUGAACCCACAAGUUAUCUCUUCUAUUCUUGUUAAGGGAGAAUGUUUUGACCAUGCUGCUAAAAUGUUGAGAUUAGCCAUCACCAGUGGCUAUGAGUUGGACAGGGAAAGUCUUUUAUCUAUUGUCAGUUCAUAUAGUUCAUGUGGAAGGCACUCAGAAGCAUGUGAAUUGCUUGAAUUUUUGAGAGAACAUGCUCCCGGUUCCAAUCAACUUAUAACUGAAGCAUUGGUUGUCAUACAAUGCAAGGCUCACAGAUUUGAUGCUGCCUUGGUGGAAUAUAGUAAUACCAGAGGGUUCCAUUCUUUUAGCAGAAGUUCAACCAUGUAUGAAAUCCUGAUUCAAGGCUGCGAAGAGAAUGAACUCUUUGGUGAAGCUUCUCAGGUUUAUUCUGACAUGAGAUUAUAUGGCGUUGAACCAUCUGAGCAUCUUUACCAAAUUAUGGUGCUCAUCUAUUGUAAGAUGGGUUUCCCUGAGACAGCCCACCUUUUGAUUGAUCAGGCAGAAAUGAAAGGCAUUUUGUUUGACAAUGUCAACAUAUAUGUUAAUGUUAUUGAAGUCUACGGGAAAUUGAAGCUGUGGCAGAAAGCUGAAAGUUUGGUGGGAAGUCUUAGACAAAGAUGUAAAGCAGUGGAUAGGAAGGUCUGGAAUGCCUUGAUACAAGCUUAUGCUGCAAGUGGUUGCUAUGAGCGAGCUAGAGUGAUCUUUAACACAAUGAUGAGAGAUGGUCCUUCCCCAACAAUUGAUUCUGUAAAUGGUCUUUUACAAGCUCUGAUUGCUGAUGGGAGAUUGAAUGAGCUCUAUGUUCUAAUCCAGGAGUUGCAAGAUAUGGGUUUAAAAAUAAGCAAGAGUUCAAUUCUCUUGAUGCUUGAAGCAUUUGCUCGAGAAGGUAACAUAUUUGAGGUAAAGAAGAUAUACCAUGGAAUGAAGGCUGCAGGUUAUUUUCCUAACAUGGAUUGUUUCAGGAUUAUGAUCAAGUUAUUGUGCAGGGGAAAACGAGUAAAGGAUGUUGAAGCAAUGGUUUAUGAGAUGGAAGAGGCAGGGUUCAAGCCUGAUCUUUCAAUAUGGAAUUCCAUGCUUAAGUUAUAUGCAGGAAUUAAGGAUUUCAAAAAGACAGUUAAAGUAUACCAGCGGAUUCAAGAAGCUGUACUUCAACCUGAUGACGAUACUUACAAUACUUUAAUUAUAAUGUACUGCAGAGAUUGUCGACCAGAAGAAGGUUUAUCAUUGAUGCAGGAAAUGAGAAGGCAGGGCCUAGAACCUAAGUUGGACACUUACAAAAGCUUAAUUUCGGCAUUUGGUAAGCAGAAGCUGUUGGAUCAAGCUGAGGAACUUUUUGAAGAGUUAAGGUCAAAUGGAUGUAAACUGGAUCGGUCCUUCUAUCAUACAAUGAUGAAAAUGUUUAGAAAUUCAGGAAACCAUGCCAAAGCUGAAAUGUUGUUCACCAUGAUGAAAGAGGCAGGAAUAGAACCCAACUUUGCCACAAUGCACUUGCUUAUGGUUUCUUAUGGCAGCUCUGGACAGCCUCAGGAAGCUGAAAAGGUGCUUGACAAUUUGAAAGUAACUGGCUUAGAUCUUGAUACGUUACCAUAUAGUUCAGUUAUUGGUGCUUAUCUGAAGAAUGGAGAUUAUAACAUUGGAAUUCAAAAGCUCAAUGAGAUGAAGGAAGUAGGCCUGGAGCCAGAUCAUAGAAUAUGGACUUGCUUUAUACGGGCUGCAAGUUUAUCCCAGCAAAAAAGUGAAGCCGUUAUUCUCCUAAAUGCACUGCGUGAUACCGGAUUUGAUCUUCCAAUCAGGCUUGUGACAGAAAAACCUGAGUCACUGAUUUUGGAAGUAGAUCGUUGCCUAGAAAAACUAGAACCCUUGGAAGACAAUGCAGCCUUCAACUUUGUCAAUGCUUUGGAGGACCUUUUGUGGGCAUAUGAACUCCGAGCCACUGCUUCAUGGGUUUUCCAAUUAGCAGUAAAGAGAGGCAUCUAUAACAAUGAUGUGUUCAGGGUAGCUGACAAAGACUGGGCUGCUGAUUUUAGAAAGUUAUCAGCUGGUUCUGCUCUUGUUGGUCUUACUUUAUGGUUGGAUCAGAUGCAGGAUGCAUCAUUGGAGGGUUAUCCAGAGUCUCCAAAAUCAGUCGUGCUGAUAACAGGGACAUCCGAGUACAACAUGGUUUCACUUAACAGUACAUUGAAGGCAUGCCUUUGGGAGAUGGGUUCACCUUUUCUGCCUUGCAAAACACGAAGUGGCCUUCUUGUAGCGAAGGCACACUCCCUCAGGAUGUGGUUAAAGGACUCCCCAUUUUGUUUGGACCUUGAGUUGAAAGAUGCCCCAGCUCUCCCUGAAUCAAACUCAAUACAGCUGAUUGAUGGAUGCUUCCUACGACGCGGUCUUGUUCCUGCAUUUAAGGAAAUAACCGAGAGGCUUGGCCUAGUGAGGCCCAAGAAAUUUGCUAGAUUGGCUUUGCUAUCAGAUGAAAAGAGAGAGAAAGUUAUUCAAUCUGAUAUUGAAGGGAGGAAAGAGAAGUUAGAGAAAAUGAAGGAAAAUGAUAAUCCAAGGAGGGUGAGCAGGAUUAAAAAGCUUAGGAAGAGGAAAUAUGUAAGACCGUCCACAUUGUCAAACACCAAACAGAUUGUAUCAGGACAAAAAGCUUUAAAAUAGAGUUGUGGAAGUAUGGAAAGGCUGCAUAGUUUCCGGACCUUCUUCCACUUCAGCACCUCUUAGUUUAAAUCUUUCUUUUUGAUCUCAUGUCACAUUAACUUUAAAGACCCGAACUUCACUGAUAGCAUGGAGGAGGAUUCUGAUGAUGAAACUCACGAGGAGGAGGAAGAUGAUGAGCGAUUGAAUAUACAGGGGAUGAAGAUGUCGGCUGGAAAGUCCGAAGAGCAGCGGCUAAAUGCUUAGCGCCAUUAAUUGUUUCCUGUCCUGAGAUGCUUUCAAAGCUGCUUGUCCAAAAUUAAUUGACAGGUUUGAAGAGAGGGAGGAAAAUGUCAAUGUAAACCAGAAUGAAUGUCAGUGGAUCAUCUCACUUCACGGGAUUAAUUAUUUUGCUGAAGAUGGAUUUUUUAAUACAUUCAUUGAACUGUUGCAGCAAACUGAAAAUGUUACAGAAGGACAGAUUGAGAUAAAUGAACAGAGUCCAAAAUGGUUAUUGAAGCAAGAAGUGCCAAAGAUUGUCAGAUCUAUAAAUA